AUGACAAGCACCGAGCCCGAGGAUUCCUCGGUGACUCGAGUCUAUGUCUCGGGUCUGCCGCCAUCCAUGACUAAAGAGCAACUGCGGUCGCAUUUUGCUGGAAAGUAUUCGGUCACAGACGCUCAUGUCAUCCCAGACCGCCGCAUAGGUUUCGUUGGAUUUUCCAGUCAUGAACAGGCCAAGGGUGCAGUCCGAUACUUCAACAAAACCUUCGUCCGCAUGUCAAAGAUCUCCGUAACCCUAGCAAAGCCCGUACAGGUCAAGCGCGAUGACAAAGGCCACGCCGUCCCUAUCUCCGACCGUGCUUCAAGGAAAAGGAAGCGGGACCUACGAGAUGAUGGCGAAGAUACUCAGCGACCUUCAAUACAACAGUCUCGAAAAAGCACCAACGGUGUUGUAGCAGGCAAGGAAACUAGCACGGAAGUUGUUUCUAAAGAGAAGGAGAGUCCGUCGAAAGAGGCUUCCUCAGAACAGGGCCCAGAAGAAGACAUCGUGCAAGAAGCACCCAGAUCUGAUGCUGACUGGCUGCGUGGAAAGACGAGCAGGACAUUAGAUUUGUUCGAGGAAGCCGAAGAUAUGAAGGAUCGCUCUAGGCAUCCUGGCGACAGUGGUAUAGGGGACAAGGCAGCAGAACCAGUGGAAGAGGUCCAGACCAAAGAAGAUGUGGCAGACGCAGAAAAUGAUGCAAAUUCAGACCAUCCGCAAAAACCCUCAGUGCCAAACGCUCGACUCUUCAUCAGGAAUCUUCCGUUUGACAUCCAAGAAGACGAUUUACGGAAGGUCUUCGCGCGAUAUGGCAGGAUUUCAGAAAUUCAUUUAGUUACCGACACCAGGAAGUCCACCGGCAAGGGUCUUGGUUAUGUUCAGUUUGUGGAGCCGGCGCACGCAGAGCAAGCGCUUUUUGAACUCGACGGAAAGGACUUCAAGGGCAGGCUUAUGCACAUUCUACCGUCUUCGGACAAGAAAAUACAAAAGCUCAGCGAAUUUGAAAUAUCGAAGCUGCCUCUAAAACAGCAAAGAGCGCUCAAACGGAAGGGUGAAGCCUCAAGUUCGAGUUUCAGCUGGAACUCGCUCUAUAUGAAUCCAGAUGCCGUCCUGGCAUCGGUCGCCGAGCGCCUGAAAGUCUCCAAGGCCGACUUGCUUGAUCCUGCUUCAACCGAUGCGGCUGUGAAGCAAGCCCACGCCGAGACCAGCGUUAUCAAAGAGACCAAGGAAUACUUAAAGUCCAAUGGGUUGAAUCUCGAUGCCUUCAAGAAUAGAGCUCGUGAUGAGAGAACAAUCUUGCUGAAAAACUUUUCUUACGGAACCACUGCAGAAGAGCUCUCGCAAAUGCUUGGCCAGUACGGCACGAUCGAGUUCCUACUCUUUCCUCCAACGGGGACCAUGGCUGUUGUUCGAUUUCAAGAAAGCAGUCAAGCGGCUUUAGCGCUCAAGCAGUUGGCAUAUCGAAAUUUGAAGGGCUCUAUACUAUUUCUAGAGAAAGCGCCGGCUGGGCUCUGGGAAGGUCCUACGCCCACAACCAGCACUGACGUAACAAGUCCUAGAGGUGAUGAGUCCAGCAGCGCUCUUGGAACUACCUCUACCGUGUUUGUGCGCAACUUGAACUUCUCAACGACGAGCGUCAGAUUAGCUGAAGCAUUCAAGCCACUAUCGGGCUUCCUCUCUGCAAGGGUUAAAACACGGACUGACCCCAGUCGACCAGGCGAAGCUCUCAGCAUGGGCUUUGGCUUUGUCGAAUUCCGCACCAAGGUUCAAGCAGAAGCAGCGAUCGCCACCAUGAAUGGAAGGCGGCUGGACGGAUACGAGCUCCUGGUGCAAACAUCACAGAAGUCAACUGACCUUGGAGAAGAGAGACGGAAGGAGGAUACGUCCAAAAAGCUGGGCUCCCAAAGGACAAAGAUCGUCAUCAAAAACCUCCCUUUCGAAGCCACCAAAAAGGAUGUGCGUGCUCUGUUUGGUGCAUAUGGUCAGCUGCGCACUGUGCGAAUGCCCAGAAAAUUCGACAACACAGCCCGAGGUUUUGCCUUUGCUGAAUUUCUCACAGCGAAAGAAGCUGAGAACGCCAUUGAGGCUCUCUCAAAUACUCACUUGCUUGGCCGGAGGCUUGUUCUGGACUUUGCAGAAGGCGAAAUAAUCGAUCCAGAAGCCGAGAUCGAAGCCAUGGAGAAGAAGACCCAGGGUCAUCAGGAUACAUUGACUCACCACAGGAUGACGGGGUCGGCCCGGAAGAAGUUCAACGUUGAUGCAAGAGAAGACUUUGGUGCCCUCUAG